CCUACCUUCUCCCUUUCUCUCUCUCUCUCGCCGUCGUCGUCGUCGCCACCACCACUUGGCCCCCUCGUCGCCGCCUCCUCCGACCACCACCACCGUCCACCGGCGACAAGGACAACGACGAUGCAGUCGGCGGCGUGGAGGCGUCACCUCCUCGACCACCACCUCUCCCCUUCCACCUCGGCCGCCAUCGCUGCCUUCAGAUCCGCCUCCCAGCCUGGGCUCACUCCCCAAGGGCUGUGUGGAGCGGAUGGCGCGAGGUGCAUGUCGUCCGCGAGGGCGCCGGCGGUCGAGGGGUCGGGGUAUCUCGUCCGCAAGGGCACCGGAGGGAGGUCUUCUGUGAGUGGAAUUGUAGCUACUGUGUUUGGAGCUACUGGGUUCCUUGGACGCUAUCUUGUGCAACAACUUGCCAAGAUGGGAUCUCAAGUGCUUGUCCCGUUCAGAGGCUCUGAGGAUUCUCACCGCCACCUGAAGAUUAUGGGUGACUUGGGUCAGAUUGUGCCGAUGAAAUACAAUCCAAGAGAUGUUGAUUCAAUUAAGGCUGUUAUGGCCAAGUCAAAUGUGGUUGUUAACCUCAUAGGACGAGAGUAUGAAACAAGGAACUACAGCUUCGAAGAAGUAAACCAUCAUAUGGCUGGGCAACUUGCAAUGAUUGCUAAGGAGCAUGGGGGUAUCAUGAGAUUUAUCCAGGUUUCUUGCCUAGGGGCAUCACCCUCUUCUGAAUCUAAAAUGUUGAGGGCAAAAGCUGCAGGAGAGGAAUCGAUCUUGAAAGAAUUUCCUGAGGCUACGAUCAUGAGGCCUGCAACCAUGAUUGGCACAGAAGAUCGAAUUUUGAACAGAUGGGCACAAUUUGCGAAGAAUUGGGGUUUCCUCCCGCUUGUUGGUGGUGGAUCUUCAAAGAUUCAGCCUGUUUAUGUAAUAGAUGUUGCUGCUGCUAUUGUAAACUCCCUCAAGGAUGAUGGCACUAGCAUGGGAAAGAUAUACGAACUCGGGGGACCUGAAAUUUACACCGUCCAUGAACUGGCUGAGCUGAUGUAUGAGACAAUCCGUGAAUGGCCACGAUAUGUCAAUGUUCCACUUCCUGUUGCAAGGGCUAUUGCUUCGCCAAGGGAAAUGUUGCUGAACAAAGUGCCAUUUCCCCUGCCAACCCCUUCCAUUUUCAACCUAGAUCAGAUCAACGCAUUCUCUGUGGACAACCUCGUGUCUGAAGAUGCUCUCACUUUCGAAGACCUUGGCAUCAUGCCUCAGAAGCUGAAGGGGUACCCUGUGGAGUACCUCUUGUCUUACCGGAAGGGCGGGCCGGCUUUUGGUUCAACCGUGAGCGAGAAGAUGAGGAGCUCCGAGAUGUAGCCUCCUCCCGUUCAUGAAGACGCUGUAGAUUUAUAAUCAUUUAGUUGCAGAGAUGCAUUGUUGUGUUUGUUGUCCGGCCAUCUGUCGCGGCCGCAGCUGCUCCAGCCGGCUGCCUCACCAGCGGGCAGGACCCAAAUUCCGUGCUCGGGCUCCUGCUCCUUGUUUGUUUACAUCAAUAAGAAGAACGCUCAGAUGUUUUUUGUCUAAUUUUUGAGUCGGAUGCAACAAGUGAAGAGAGGAAUCGUUCCAACGAUGACACAUGAUUGUGGGAGGUGUCGAGCAUAAUGUAAUCCGUUAUUCUGAAUACAUGGCCCAUCCUUUCCAAGUG